AUGCGUCCAAUUAAAUUAGGUUUAAGAUUAACAUUCUUGCUCAUCUUUAAUUGGACAUUACUUCUGUUUUAUUUUGCAUAUAUGACUUAAGAUCAAGAAUUUAAUAUAAAAGAGACUAAAUUAUUUAUAAAUAGCAUUUUUGAACAUCAUAUAGAAGAACCUAGUAUUCCAGAUUAAAUUUACAUUGAUACUUAAAUUGAAAUGUCAGAGGAAGAAGAAUUUCAAUAUGGAGAAGAAUAUCAAAAAGAAAUCUAAUUUAUUGAUGAUUCUAAAGGAGAUUUAGUAGCUGUUGGAGAUGAUGAUAUAGAUGAUAAUUAUGAUUAUACUAUCUAAGUUAUAAGAGAAAUUAAUCCUAUCUAAUAAAGUAUUUUGGCUACAAAUGAACCUAUCCGUUAAUAAACACAACUCAAUAUCAUCAAGGAUUAUCAUUAUUGUGAAUUGAAUAAUCUCUACGUUAUCACUCAUCAUUAAUUUCCUAUUAAUAUAAUUACAGAUUAUCCUAAUGAUAAUAUUAUUACAUUAGCCUUAGAUGCUGCUGGUAAAGAUCUAAUGCCAAAUGUUAUACUAGAAAGUAAUAAAUUAUAUCAUCUACCAUACAAUGCAACAAUCUUUUUCAUGUAGAACUUAAAUUUUCAUAAAUAUUUUGAAAUAGGAUCCUAAUUUUUAUGUAAUUUCUAGGCUUAUAAUCAUAUUCCUGGGAUGGAAGUAUUAUUUAAAAAAUCUUCUCUUUACUAAAUUCUAUAAUAAAUAGAAGUACCAUUACCAGAAACAUUCAUCAUGAAUAGUACAUCUUCAUUUACUAUUACCUAGAUAUAAGUCAAUGCUUAGAUUAUUUUAAGCAAUAUAAAAAUUUAAAUGAAACAGAAUAUAUUGUAAAAAAUCAUAUUAAACGACAAAUUUCAUAAUAAAUUCUUGAACAUAAUAUAAUUCGUAGAAAAUAUUAGGAUGGCAAGAAUUGUGGAAUUGUGAUUGAUGAUUUGGUCAUCUAAAAGAGAGUUGAAAAUAGAUAAAAGAGAUUCUUUGCAAUUCUAUUAAUUAGUUUUGUUGAUCCAUUCUAAUAUUAGAUAUUCGAUGGUUUUUAUUACAAGAUAUAAAAAGUAAAUUAAUUUUGAAUUAGGGUAUUCCAAUAGAUCAUCAAAGAUAUAAUGAAACAAUUAGUAAAAUGAUCACUGAUUAAGUUGAAUAGUUUAUUCAUAAAAUACCAAUCCUAAGAGAUAAUAGAUUCUUUUCACUCUUAAGAAUGGAAUUUAUAGAAGCAGAUUAAAUUUAUCUUAUGUCGAUAAGUAACAUAAAAUACUCAUUUAGGUCCUAAUAUUGAUAAAGAUACAUAGAUAAAAGAAUAUAUGACAAGUCUUGUUGUUUCUACCUUGUAAUUGAUUAAUUUCCAAUAAAUCCAAAGGUUAUCCUUGUAUCAAAUUGAAAAUCAUUAUCAAUAUUGA